CCUGAAUUUUGUUAUUUCCCGGAGAAUACUGGAAGAAAGUGAUAACGAAUGAAAGCCCAGUCGAGGGUGAUGAGUGAACGUCCUCGAACAUUGGGAGGACCCAGAAACCGUACCUCUGCCAAUUCAGGGUCUCAAACUUAAUGUGGAUGCUAACGUGCACUUCUGGUUCAACUUCCUCCCUGAAGUAAUCAGAUGGCUACUACAGCUCCAACGUUUCUCUUGGCCUACGACCUUAAUCCCCUUCCCUUCGCAUCCUCGGCCACCAAAGUUAAAUACCCACUAACCCUUUCUUCAUGGAGUCUGAGGUCGUUUGGGAGUAAAAAUUGUCCUCGGUUAAUGGGUUGUCCUCAGGCAUCCAUUUCAAGAAGAGGGGAAGGGACUUUCGAUCCUGAGCUGCGGUCAGUUCUUGAACUUGCUACUGACUCUGAAUUGUAUGAGCUCGAAAGGAUUCUCUUCGGCCCAAGCUACUUUAGCCCUUUACUAAAAUCAAUAACGAGUAGAGCUGAUAAUGAUUACAUAAUGAUUGGAGAGGACAACGAGGAGCGCCAGGACUUUAUAGAACUUCUGGAGUCACGGUUCUUGUUCCUUGCAGCAGAUGCCCGAUCUACAUUAAGGGGUUGGAGGCCAUCCUAUAGAGAUGUCUUGCUUGGUGUAAGAAGAAAAUUAAAAAUACCCUGUUCAAGCAAACUUUCAACAGAAGACCUGGAAGCAGAAAUUUUUCUUCAUCUCUUGCAGGAUCACUUAAGUGGAGAGGAUAGCACUAUUCCUUGCUCAUUGGAAAGAGUUUCUGAUGGUCAUGGUAGUCUAGAACUUGGACUGAGUAAGUGGAAGGUGCUAGCAAUUUCUGCAUUGAAAGUUGGGGUGAAGGAACUCCAGUCGGUGGUUUUCAAGGGUGGUGGUAUGUUUACUUUGGCAAAGAUAUAUCAAUUGUUAGCGAGGAGAUUAUCAGGGAAGAUGCUGUUGGAAGCAGCCAACUAUCAAAUAAAGCAUGAAGUUAUCAGAAAGGGUGGACAAUUAGCAGCUAUUAAUCUGGAAUCUAAAGCAGCCUUGCUCGCAGCAAGACAGGGUUUUGCUAGUGCAGCAUCAAGAUAUCUGGGGCUUAGAAGCAUAAUGAUGUUACUUGGUCCAUUGCUGUGGGGAACAUUUCUGGCAGAUGUCGUUAUUCAAAUGCUUGGUACUGAUUAUGCUAGAAUUCUUCGAGCAAUUUAUGCAUUUGCACAGAUCCGUAUCACUCGCACGUAUAGGUUGCCAUCUGACAGAGAUCAAUUUGUUUAAUAAUCCUGAGAAGUUGCUGUAUUAAUAUUAAUGAGAGAUUGGAAAUCUGGUUCAUAUUCUAUGGUUGAUGGCAAGAGGCAUCUCACUAAUUUUUGUAUGCAGAUAACUAGUUUAGUGGAAGUUAACCUUUCAUAUAUGUAGCUAUGUUAUGUUUUAUAUUAAAGUUUCAGCACAUCAUAAUAAAAUGUAAAUGCAAGUAUGCAAUGACACAUAACUACAUAACUAUGUUAACAAAUGCCUCCAUAGUUCUGGGGAAGUAAUAGGAUCAACUAGUUUAAGAUACUACAUAUGUAAAAUUCUGUUCUAUAUUUUAUUUCUUUGGUAGUC